ACCGCGGCUGCUAGGAACGGCCGCGCGGCCUCAGAUGGUGCGGCGGGCGCGAACCCUGGGCCGAUCCGCAGAGAGACCUUACGGCAGCCUCAGUUUCCCACUUCGGGAGUAAGCCCUGCAUGCUGGGCUCGAGCAGCUGCACAGGCCGCGCGAAGUGAUGACGUGACGGGUAAGGCCCUGGAACUCCGGCGCCGCCUGUCAGAACCGCGUCAUCCCUCGUCUGUGAACCGGAGCCACAGGUAGCUUGCUCUUCACCGGGGGCUGACAGCAUGCAAGGCUAGCCGCCAGCGCAGUGCCCGGCACACAUAGUUGCCCAAUAAAUGCUUAUUGUUGGCAAGAUGGCAUUUGCAUACCUGACCCCUCACUUACCCCUGCCAGCCCCAAGCUUGUGCUCGCCCUCGCCGAGGUAGGGCAUCACCCACUGUUGUUACCCAGGCCCUGGGCUGCCUGUCUAAGAUGGACAAGCCAGGAAAGGAAGGCCAGAAGGGACGCAACACUGUGGAUACUGAGGAGGCGUUCGUGUGGUAACAUCAGGACACCAGACGUUUGUUCUUAUCGAAGACAGGGCGUGUGCAGGAGCGAUAGCCCAAACACUACGUGUCCUAUGGCAACUGACAAUUGUAGCAGACUGGUGGACUAGGGCUGACAAGUCCCCGACUUCACUUUUCUGAGCUCUUACUGCAUCUGGAGAGGGCGCUGUGGAAACAUCACCUCCUCGGGUUAUAGUCUGAGAUUAUGGACGUUAAUGUAUGUAGGAAGUGCUCUGUAAACGCAUUAGAUUUCUAUCUUGCUACCCAGGAGCAGCUAGGAGUUAGUUAGGAUGAGUCUUUCCACCAUGAGAGCUCUCACCUUCCCUCUUUCCCUGGUCCCUAGUGAAUUAGAAGGUGUGGAGAUUCUCCAUGUUGGUCUCUCCAUCUGAAAUCACAGUUGCUGGGAGCAGGUCCACUCUCCUGCCUCAUUCUUUCCGACGCUUGGUUCCUCGUAGAUUCUGCUUUCCUCUGAAACGGGAUAUGCGCCCCGGGCCCGGCCCUUAGUCCAGAUGAUACUCAUGCCGAUGGCGUCAGUGGUGGCAGUGGCUGAACCCAAAUGGGUCUCAGUCUGGGGCCGUUUCCUGUGGAUGACACUGCUGAGCAUGGCUCUGGGGUCACUGCUGGCCCUACUGCUGCCACUGGGAGCUGUGGAAGAACAGUGUCUGGCUGUGCUCAGAGGUUUCCACCUGCUCAGGAGCAAACUGGACAGGGCACAGCAUGUGGUCACCAAGUGCACCAGCCCAUCUACGGAGCUCAGUGUCACCUCCAGGGACGCAGGGCUGCUGACAGUCAAGACUAAGGCGUCUCCAGCAGGGAAACUGGAAGCCAAGGCCGCACUAAACCAAGCCCUGGAGAUGAAGCGCCAAGGCAAGAGGGGCAAAGCACACAAGCUCUUCCUGCAUGCCCUCAAGAUGGACCCUGGCUUCGUAGACGCCCUCAAUGAGUUCGGCAUCUUCUCAGAAGAGGACAAGGACAUCAUCCAGGCAGAUUACCUCUACACUAGGGCCCUGACCAUUUCACCCUUCCACGAGAAAGCGCUGGUCAACCGGGACCGGACGCUGCCCCUGGUGGAGGAAAUCGACCAGAGGUACUUCAGCGUCCUUGACAGCAAAGUGAGGAAGGUAAUGUCCAUCCCUAAGGGGAGCUCAGCGCUCCGCAGGGUCAUGGAGGAGACCUACUACCAUCACAUCUACCACACCGUGGCUAUCGAGGGCAACACCCUCACUCUCGCAGAGAUCAGGCACAUCCUAGAGACGCGCUAUGCCGUGCCAGGGAAGAGCUUGGAGGAGCAAAACGAGGUGAUAGGCAUGCACGCGGCCAUGAAGUACAUCAACAGCACCCUGGUCUCCCGCAUCGGGUCUGUCACCAUUGACCACAUGCUGGAGAUCCACAGGAGGGUCCUGGGGUACGUGGAUCCAGUGGAGGCGGGAAGGUUUCGGAGGACCCAGGUCCUAGUGGGACAUCACAUCCCACCCCACCCCCGGGACGUGGAGAAGCAGAUGCAGGAGUUCACACAGUGGCUCAACUCGGAGGACGCCAUGAACCUGCACCCGGUUGAGUUCGCAGCCUUAGCCCAUUACAAACUGGUGUACAUCCACCCUUUCAUCGAUGGCAAUGGGAGGACCUCCCGCCUGCUGAUGAACCUGAUCCUGAUGCAGGCAGGAUACCCGCCCAUCACCAUACGCAAGGAGCAGAGGUCAGAGUACUACCAUGUGCUGGAAGUCGCCAACGAGGGUGACGUGCGGCCAUUCAUCCGCUUCAUAGCCAAGUGUACGGAAGUCACACUGGACACAUUGCUCCUCGCCACCACCGAGUACUCUGUGGCGCUGCCAGAGGCCCAGCCCAACCACUCUGGGUUCAAGGAGACACUUCCUGUGAGGCCUUAACCACCAGCCCUCCCUUGGCGCCCUGAGAAGACCUUUCUAGAAACAGUUCUCCCCAGUAGCAAAAGGAGACCCUUAAACAUUCUUUACCUCCAGGUGUUUUUCAGUUGAGAAAGAAAACUAAAUUAUUAAGCCUGUCUUUAGGAUAA